AUGACUGAAAAUCCUUUAUCAUUUCGAAACUUUUUCGCAAACAAAUCAGAAAGACGCAUUCUGGACUUCGUAAACAGUAUAUCUGAUGCUUCGACGAGAUUUGAAAAGCAUGUUCAGAGAAUGUUCUUGUUAAAAAAUUCUGCCACGGAAACACUGCAACUGAUAUAUACGGCCAUUAACUUUCUCAAGACACAUGGAAACUUAGAAUGUAACUCAGAGCUCGCAAACUACUUAUAUAAUUUAGUCAUAGAAAUGAGUGAAGCAACGGAAGCAGCAAAGUUAUGCUCACAAACUGCAUGGGAAGGACAACUCAAAAGUGUAUCAAUUAAUGCUAUUUUUACGAAAAUUUACAAGCUUUAUUAUGAUAUCAUAUUUACAUGUCAUUUAAUUGACAAGUCGUUUGUAUACAACGUUCUAUAUUUUAUAGCUCAGUACUGUAGCGAUAUGGAUGCAAUCAAACCUUUAGUUGAUAAUACAAAAUUACCAAAUGCUUACUUAGAAAUCGAAUCUCAUUACAGAAGACUUCAGAAAUCAUUAGAUAUCUCAUCACUCACAGUUACAAAGAUUGAACGCGUUUCUGCUGAAAAAUUAAUAAUUUCAGUGACAGAAAAACCUAAAAAUGAGAAUCUUUCUUUAGAAAUCUUCCCUCCUGGAGCAUCUGAUGCACCUUUCCAGCACAAGAACAGUAUUGUUUCACAUAUAGAACAUCCAUCAAUCAUAAAAUACAGAAGUGCAUUACAUUACGCGCCAUACGGUAUUCUCAGUGAAUCCACAGACUUCCCAUCUCUUACUGAGUACCUUUAUUCCGGCCAAACCCUUUCUCCUGACAUUUAUUCGAUCAUUAUUCUUGAAGUUGCCAGAGCUUUCCAAUACAUGCAUGCUCACAGGUUUGUCCAUUGCAGGUUUACUCCGGAUUGCAUAUUAGUUCGUCCAAAUGGACUUCCUUUGAUCACUGGAUUGGAUUAUGUUCAGCGAACAUCAUCAAAGUUAUCAGUUUCCAUACCAUUCUGUGUUUAUUCAGCACCAGAAACGAUCUACGAACCAAUUUUCUUCAAUGAAAAAGUAGAUGUUUAUUCAUUUACCAUUAUUCUUCAUGAAAUACUCACGAACAAGAAACCAUUCUCAGAAGUAGACUCAUACAGCCUUCGCCAGCGAAUUAUGCUUCAAGACAGAAGGCCAUUAGUUCCAAAUCAGUUACCUCUCACAAAAAUACUUUACAAAGGAUGGUCGAGGAAUCCAAACUAUCGUCCAUCAUUCGAUGACCUCGUAAACAUGAUGGUGAAGAACGAAUUCAUUAUUCCUGGAACAAAUUUGGAAAUUUUCAAUUCUCACAUUGAAAGUACAGCAGAAGUCAACGAUUCAGCACUUAAAGGACUUCUAUCUCUUACUCCUCAAUCUCUUCGUGAUAUGUCUAGAGGAGAACUCGAUGAAUAUUGUAUCGAAAUUAUUGUCAACGUUUUAUUGGAAUCCAAUGAUGAAGCAUUAGUCAAAUCCGCCUUAGAAGUCUAUAACCAGCAAAUUUUGACUAAAGAACAGUUCACAAUUUCAGAAUUAGUUACAUUAGUCCAAUUAUCGAGAAAAAUCAGUUCUGUUGAAGAUCUUGUUAACUCGCAAUACAGCAAACUCGAUGACAAAGAAUCAUUCAUCAAGUUACUUUGCGAGAGACUUCCUGGCGAUCUUUCCAUUCCAUUUUUCAUCAAGAAUCUUUUGACAAGCGAAAAGAACGCCGAAUUCAUUCUUUCCUUCUGCGCAAACAAACCAGACAACAUUGCAAAGUCCGUUGCUGAUGCUGUUGCCAUUAAAUUCAGAGAAUCAGACAUUCUCUACAAAUGCGCAAUGAUGAACAACAUUUACUACAGACGCGUUUUCGAAUUGAUCAAUGAUUUGGAACCAGAUCUCGUCAAAAAGUAUUUCAAGUACUUUUCAGAUUUCUUCGCUGCUACACCGAUUUCUUUUGCUCCUGUGAUGUCAAACAUUUAUUUGAAGCUUGGACCAUCAACAAUUGCUGAAAUUGAUGAUAACGGUGUGAUCACGAACAGAUUGGUCAAACACAACUUCGCUUCAACUGUUCUUGCAUUGAUGACUGAGAUUAAAUUCACAAAGAUUGUUAUUACUUAUGUAAUUCCAAUGCAUUACGAUAAGAAACCUCUUGAAACAUUGAGAAUGAUUGCUGAAGCAGAUAAAAUUGCUCCAUUACGUGAUAUGCUGUAUAAAUUUGAUGUUUUGACAGUUAUCUACAACUGUAUUAAUCAAGGACAUUAUGAAUACACAGGAGCAGUUAUAUUGGGACUUCAUAUUCCUAAAGGAAAAUUCUUGGAGAGAAUGGAUAUUCCUAAUGUUGUUUUGAACUUGUUCUCUGUUGUUGAAGAUGUUUUUUCUGUUUCUUCUUUACUUUCUAUUUUGAUUCCAUUCGCAGAAGUUGGUUUCGAAGACAUGCAUUUAGUUCCUGAUGUUGUUUGCAGACUCAUCAAAUCUAAUGAAACAGUAAUUGCUGCAAGAGCUUUACUUAUUUCAUGCGUUUUGAGCGAAUCAAGAAGAUACGCAAAAGCAAUUUAUAAUCCUGACACUGUUUCAGCGAUUUUGAGAUUUGCUAAUUGCGGAGAUCCUAAUUUCGAAUACUUGUCAAUAAGAAUGAUUUGCACACUUGCACCUUUCAUAACAGAUAAUGAUGAUGUUCCAGAAUUGAUUGAUGUCUUGUCUAAGAGAUGCAAAGAUGAACCAAUUACUGAAAUCAUUUUCUCAAUUUUCUCAAGAAUGGAAUCAAAAUACAGACUCAAUGCAGCUGAAGUACUUGCUCCAAUUGCUCAGAAAUACUCAGGAAACAAUAAGAUUAAGGAGCUACUCAAAGCUAUUAAAAAUGAUGAUAGUCAGUAA